CUUCCGCCGCAACCGCCGGAAGUUGUUGCGGUGGCUUCCGGGCGGGCGUCUCUCGCUCGCCGCUGGGCCCCGGCGUCGGGGGUUGAGAGGGUCGCGGCGGCAGCAGGGGGGACGCCGUCAUGCCCCGGUAUUACGAGGACAAGCCGGAGGGCGGCGCGUGCGCGGGCGUGAAGGAGGACCUGGGCGAGUGUCUGCUGCAGUCGGACUGUGUGCUCCAGGAAGGAAAAUCUCCUCGGCAGUGUUUGAAGGAAGGACACUGCAAAGCUUUGAAGUAUUCGUUUUUUGAGUGUAAAAGAUCAAUGUUGGAUGCCAGAUCAAGAUUCAGAGGAAGAAAAGGAGAUUGAUACCAUUAUGUUGAAACCAAGAUGAAAACAACAAAGGAUUUCCUCUGGUUGUUAACACAGAGAAGCCAAAAUAGGAAAUGUACUUUUUGCUAAACCUGGGUGUUUGGACCAGUUUUUCUCUCUGUGGAAUACUAGAGAAAACGGAUGAGUUCUGUUUUUGAGUGUGUACAAAGUAAAUGACUCUGUUGAUCUAAGUUUUUAGAAGAACAAUUCAAUUGAACAGUUAUGGGCUGAGAGCAUAAUGUGUUUUGAGAAUUGUUCUUUAGAACAAAGAAUGGAAAGAUUGUUAUUUUCAAACUUGACUCUUCAACCAAAUUAGUUCAUACAUCCUGAAGGCCACUGAUGUGACCAACAUGUAACAUAGAGCCUGUCAAAAGAUGUGAAAGUUUAGGAAAAAACUUUAAUUCAAUCUGUCCUAUUUAGUUCUAAAACAAUGUUUGAUUCCUUGGAGAAUUCUUCAUUUGCACUGAUUAACUGAAGUUACAACUUCAAAAACUGAAUGUCACCCAUAGGCAUAGCUUGAUGCCAAGCCUCAGAUGAUAUUGCCAGAGCUCUUUACCAUCUCUUGAUUGUUUUCUCUGGCUUAAUUUUCAGGCUGGUCCUCUCCACGUAAUGGGCCAGUGUCAACCAUAAGCCCACACCCCCUUAAGAUCUGUGAUUCAAAAAGGAGAGAGAGAACUUCCUUUUCCAAGAUCAAAAUCAAAUCCUGCCAAAGGACUCUAGUCUUCCCCAGAUUGCCUGCCACUGCGUUGGAUCAGUCCUGUGGGAAAAAGAGAUGGGGGGUCUGCGGUCUUGGCCAGGCAUGUGUCAUAUGCACUGUAAUUGAUAACUCCCAUCAGGAUCACACUGGAUGAGGAAGGGGGAUUUGGAGCAAACUGAAACAGAUGUUCACUACAGAAAGUAAGAAUGGAAAACAUGAAGGGGCUGAAAAAGUUUAGCAUUAUAGUAAUUAAUUUUAUUAUCACUUAGAGAGCCAAAUAGGAAUCUAAGUUCCCAAUUUUACUUUUGAUAUUGAAGAAUUAAGAACCACAGCUUCUUUAUAUUUCCAUAGUUCAUUGGAGUUAAAGCAGUCAAGGUAUUGUGUAGUUCACUUGCUUUUUUAAAGGUUUGCCUAAAGUGAGAAUUCCAUACCAGCGUGGGUGGUUGUAGAAUAUCACUGAGAUCUGCCAUGUGUACUAGUUUUCACCAGGAAAGGGAAAAUGAUGGAUAUUUUUCAGUAACUGUUUAAGUGCCACAACUUUCAUUAAAAGUAACUUCAAUAAGAAACUCUCUAAAAUAUAGUUUUAUAAAACUC